AUGGUAAAUUUCCUCCUUGUCAUUUUUUGUAAAAAGACCAAUCAUGUUGAGAAGGAUUGUUGGUACAAAAACAAACAAGUGUACUAUUGUGACUAUUGCAACAAGGAUGGUCAUAUGGAGAAGUUUUGUUAUGCCAAACAAAACCAAGCCCAAAAUCCCCAGCAACAAGCAAAUUGUGCAGACAACAACCUGGAAACAAAUUUGUUGUUUGUGGCUUCUCAUAUAAGUAACAACGAGUCAACCUCAUGGCUAAUUGACAGUGGAUGCACUACCCAUAUGGCUAAAGAUAUCAAUCCUUUUAGCCAGAUUGAAAAAUCUAUACAGUCUAAGGUGGUUCUUGUACAUGGCGAGACAAUAUUAGCUGAAGGUAAAGGUACUGUUGUCAUGCAUACUAAGCAAGGUGAAAAGAUACUAUCAAAUGUUUUAUAUGUUCCAAGAUUAUCUAAAAACUUGCUUAAUAUUGCUCAAUUGUUGCAUAACAAUUUUUUUGUGGUUUCUAAAGAUCAAGAUUCCGCUAUUUAUGACCCUCAUGGAGUAGAGAUUAAAUUGCCAAAGAAAUUUUGGGCUGAAGCUGUAUGUGCUGCUAUUUUCUUGCUCAAUAGACUUCCUACAAGGGCAGUUAAGGACAAGACUCCUUAUGAAGCUUGGUCAGAUAACCAAGAUCCUCAUUCGAAUGAUGAUGAUCUUGUUGAUGCAACUGGUGAUGGUUCAAAUUACAAGAUCGCUGUUACGAAAGCUGAAUUGGAGAUGAUCAAUAAAAAUAAUACAUGGGAGCUUGUAGACCAACCACAAGGUGAUUUGACAUUGAUUGGAUAUGCUGAUAGUGAUUGGGCUGGUUAUGUUGAUGACUCUAAAAGUACUUAUGGCUAUGUUUUUUCUUUUGGCACCGGAGUUUUCUCUUGGAAGUCAAGAAAACAAGAAGUGGUGGCUCAACCUACUGCUGAAGCUGAAUAUAUUUUAGCUGCAUCAGCCGCAAAUCAAGCAAUAUGGCUUCGCAAAUUGCUUGAUGAUUUAGGAUUCAAACCAGAGGAACCUACGACAUUAUUUUGUGAUAACAAGUCUGCUAUUGCUAUUGCCUUAAAUCCUGUACAACAUGGUAGAACAAAGCACAUUAAAGUCAAAUUUCAUUUAUUGAGGAAAGCAGAGAAUGUAGGCGAAAUCAAGCUCAUUUUUUGUAGUUCUGAAGAACAACUUGCUGACAUUCUCAAAAAAGCUUUACCACACAGACAAUUUGUGUUUCUGCACCAAAAGUUGGGUGUGACAAAGAAAAAUCUCAAGCAGGAGUGUUGA